CGUGAACCAGUGAGACUUGACAUGCCGAGGGAUCAAGUGUUUGAAGGCUGGCGUCUCUCCCUGUCAGUCUCAGCGUGCGUGGAGGACGACCUGUGGUCAGUCACAGAGGAGGGUGAAGAGUGUCGGUGGGGGCAAAGUUUGCCGUGUGUCCAGCUCUUAUCUCUCUCAUCACAUCAGAACACACAGACAGGGUCCAGGCGCACAGAGAGCAGUGAGACGCAGAGCCGGUGUGCGCAGCAGCAGCAGCAGCAUGUAGUCAGGACUGAGCGCAGCCGCUGUAUGUUUACUCUCUCUCUGCCGUGGCCCUCCGUCUGCUCCCGUCCGCUACGCUGAUCCGUGCCCCGGUGACACACCGGAGCCAUGGGUGGGAGUUUAGGCUGCCACCGCUCCAUCCCCAAGGACCCCACGGACUUCAGCUGCGGCAAACGCAAAUUCAGCGCGGCGUGCAACUUCGGCCACAUCAUGGUCAACCAGGAGAGGCUCAACAUCAACACGGCGACGGAGGAGGAACUCAUGACACUGCCGGGAGUCAACCGCACCGUUGCGCAGAACAUCGUGGAGUACCGGGACUGUAUCGGCGGGUUUAAAAAGGUAGAGGACUUGGCUCUGGUGAGCGGGAUCGGAGCCACGAAACUGGAGGUGAUCAAACCGGAAAUAUGUGUGUCCAGCAGGACCAGUUCGUCCCAGCACUCGCCGUCCUCGCUGCGCAAAGACCUGGAUCACCAGUCCAACACCGGGAUGAACAUUAACACCGCCACCCCGGCGCAGCUCAUGAGCAUCCGUGGCAUCACGGAGAAGAUUGCCAAGAACAUCGUGACCUACCGGGCAGAGCACGGCCCGUUCAAAAGCAUCGAGGACUUGGUGAGGGUCAACAACAUCAACAGCUCCUUGCUGGACAAAAUCCGCUUCCACGUGUUCGUGGAGCGCUCCAGGGCGCCUUCCACCAACACCAACGGGGGGCUGACCUGCACCACCAAAUCUCACCCGAGCCCCACUUCGUUUAGCCUCAAGAGUGACGACCUGGACCUCCCACCGGGAGGACCCACGCAGAUCAUCUCUGUGCGGCCGGACGUGGAGCCCCCGCUCGGGCUGCGGGACGGGAAGCCCAUCGUGCGUCUGGGCACCUGGAGCCUGCAGGGCUGCUCCUGCGAUAAGGCCAAUAACCCAGGAGUCAAAGAGGUGGUGUGCAUGACCCUGCUGGAAAACGACGUCAAGUUACUGGCGGUGCAGGACCUGCUGGACCGGGAAGCUCUUGAUAAGUUCUGUGUGGAGUUAAACCAAGGAUCGCUGGCCAGUGUGCGGAAGUGGAAAUGGCCACGGGGGCUGUGGAAAAGUAUCGUGUCUGAAAAACCCACGGGACACUCCGGCAAAGGUGUCACCUACUCUGGAUUUCUGUGGGACAGCUCAUCGGGUAUUGACCUCAAGGAUGCCGUUGUCCUGGAGCCCCCUGUUGUCAAUGGCAACGGCAGUCAUGCAUACCCUCCACUCUACCUGGCUCACUUUCUACUUGGUUCCUACGAGCUAACGGUGGUGAACGUCCACAUGAAGGCAGCAGCCUCGCCAGGAGAGUCCAAUGGCAAAAACCACAACUCAAAUGAAGCCAAGGGUCACCGCUUCGCCCCGAGCAUUCAGGAAACACUCAAAGGCGAGAAGGAGCUGGUAGUGUUGGGGGACUUCGGUUCUCCUCCCCAGAGCUCAGAGCUGGACAUUCUGAGAAAGGAGAAACUCUGUGCCCUGGUACCAUCCACCCAGUUCACCAAUAUCAGCACACGCUCACCACAGGGCAACCGCUGCCUGGACAACAUCUGGAUCAGCCGGUCCCUCAAGAAGAUUUACUCAGGCCACUGCAUGGUAGUGCGGGAAGGCUUGACUAACCCCUGGAUUCCAGACAACUGGUCGUGGGGCGGUGUGGCGUCGGAUCACUGCCCCGUGGUGGCGGAGUUUUACGCAGACCCAUCUCCGAAGGAGCUGAGCAGGCCUGGCAUGGCAGUGGUGGACAGAGGAGACAUUAUGCCUAAACAUGAGCGGUGACGACGGUCACGGCAAAGACAGCAGAGGGUGACUUGAGGAGGACUUUCAGCCUCCCGGAUCCUGCUCUGUCUCGGUUUGCGGUGGAGCAGAGUUUCCUGAUGAAUGUGAAGAAGCGCCAAGAUUGCCUUUCUGUUUCCAAUUUAUCAAUGUAAAGAAGUAAAUGAUAGAUCGUCAAGCCAUACAAAAUGUUCAGACGAAACGUAUGUGUAAUGUACUUUAAAAAGAAAUGUGCCAAACAUUUUCUAUGUGUAUAUAAAAUAAAGAGAGAUUACUAGC